AUGACUUUUAAGAUCUAUAUUCAAGAUCUUCCAGAAAUUAAAGACCUGGCAAGAAACAGGGAGUCGCUGCUCUAUAUGCUCGCCGGAGAGCAGCACUGGCGAGAAAAGAUGGAGCAGAGGCCAGGGAAGACAACGCACGCCUACAGGAACCUCUUUGGCCCCGUAGACCACGAGCAGCUGCGUUGGGACUUCCAGCACAUGCUACAUGACAGCAUCGAGGGGGUCCAGCAGAAAUGGAACUUCGAUUUCCUCCGGGACGUGCUCAUGGAGGGGCUCCUGCAGUGGGAAGAGCUCGAAGGCCACGAUGUGCCUGCCUUCUACCACAGCUGCGUGGUGGGAGAUGCUCGGAGACCACUGCAGCCCUUGAACCGGCCCCUGGGCAGGGGGGACAAGAGUCACCGUUUUGCCCAGGUCGCGCUGACUGAGAAACCCAAAACUUCCAAGAAAACAGGGGGCAAGAGGAUCUCGGAAGGGAAGAAAAGAAGACAGUCAUCUUUGACAGCUGUGUGA